AUGGCGGAAUUCACCACCGUGCCGCCCCGCGAGGCCAAGGCGCUCCUCGAGACCUCCUACACCUUCCUCGACGUCAGGACGGAGGAGGAAUUUGCCAAGAGCCACGUGGAAGGUGCUGUGAACGUCGCAGUGAUGACUGGCGAUCCCCAUAAAGGCGCCAGUGAAAAGCGCAGCGACUUUCUGGACGUCGUGAGGAGCAAGUUCCAGCCCGACACGCCCCUCGUCGUGUCAUGCGGGGCGGGGCGGAGGGCUGCGGUUGCAGCAGCAGACCUGGUGGAAGCGGGCUUCACGAAGGUGGUCAGCUUGGAGGGUGGACUCAAGGCAUGGAAGGGUGAGGGAUUCCCCCUCGUGGAGUGA